AUGUUGAAGAGAUCUGAAAAUGUAAUCCAUCAACCUGUGCAUAGUCCACCUUACAUGCCAAACUUCCCAUACAACCAGCAACAACUCAUGCUACAAAAUGCAGCUGUCCAAGGUGUUUAUCUCGCAGCGGCGAUGCAAGCAGGUGCAAUGAAUCCACAGCUGAACAUGGCUGCUAUGCAGGGAAGACCACCCUCUGCCAGCCCCAAGAGUCCUGGAGUUCUCUCUCCUAGCCCCACUGCCGGAGUCACUAGUGUCUCCUCUUCUGCUCAGGUGUCAACCUCUUCUGCUGCUCCCUCUUCAAGUAGUGGUAAUGGAAAAACAGGCAGCAAUGGUUCAAAAGGGCUUGUGUCUCAGGCAGGAAGCAGCCAAGGGCAGGCCACUCCACUCAUUGGAGGGAAGCCAGUUUUCUCCACUCAAGCUGUACCUUCCCUUUUGGUUGGACAAAUAGGUGUGUUACCUGGCCAAGGUGGUUCAGGCAAUCCUGCCUUUGUUUCUCAGUCUAAGUCACAAUCAGCAUGUCAUACUGUCGUCUCGCAGCCGCAGCUGAUAAACUCUCAAUCUCCUUUACGCAUGAACAGUCAAUCACAGUUGGUAACAAGUGGUGGCCAGAUUUUUACUUCCCAACCAAUGCUGACCAAUCCAGCCAUGCUACAGGCCAUGGCUAGUCUCCAGCAAGGCAUUCCUUUGGCUACUCAUCAGCCAUUGCUUGCUACCCAGUCACCUACGAUCCUGGCUGGCCAGCCUCUCUACAUUCGCACAGCUACUCCCCUGCCUCAGCAGACCAUGGUGCCUGCUCCCACAGCCACUCCAGCAGGAAUGCAACCUGCUAGUAUGAAUCCCUUAAAAAGUGCCAAACUCCUAGACAUGACAAGUGGCCUUCAAGCCAAAACUGUCAGUGUUCCUAGCAAGAAUACCAGCCAAGGCAAUAAGGGUCUCUCUACAAUACUUCCUUCAACAUCGAAAGGUUCCAAUACAGCAAAAAUCCACCCCACCAAUAUGUCUAUGCAGCAACAUGCAGGCGCCAAACUGAAUAUACCCACCAUUACUCCCAAGCAGGCUACAAAAGUACGAACGAAAAAAAGCAACCCGUCAUCAAUAGCUUCACAAACAAAGCCAAGCACACCUACAAGUCUUUCUAAGCCAGCCACGCCAACAAGUCAAACAAAUGGCACUGUCAGUCUACCAAAAAGCCAAUCUGAUUCUGAAGUAGAAACUGGUCGAAAGACUGUGGCCUUGAUAGAAACAGCAGAGAAAAAGACAUUAAGUGAAGCCCCAACAAAACAGUCAGUGGGUGAACAAAAGCAAGAGAAAAGACCUAGCAUGGAGAUUGCCCAGCCUGCAGUAAGCAGCCAGGAGAAUAGGCAAGUUGAAUCUAUGGAAGUGUCCGAGAAACCACAUCACACCACACCUACUAUGCCUGAUAAUUCUGUGGUGGUUGAGAAACAAAAAGCUAUUGUUAAACCUCAUAUAUUGACUCAUGUCAUUGAAGGUUUUAUCAUCCAUGAAGGGCCAGAACCUUUCCCUGUUCAACGAUCUUCGUUGUUGACAGAAUUCAUACCUCCAAAAGCUGCCAGUUGUAAUGCCACAACCACCACCACUACUACAACCACCACCACCACCACCACCACUACCACCACCACAUCAAGUAAUAAUAAUAAUAACAGCAACAACAACAACAACAACAAUAGCAUCACAGAAAAAGAGUCAGAACAUGAAGAGACAAAUGGAUCAAGCCAUGACCCUGACAUUCCCAUGGCUGAUGAUACAGAGGCUGGAGAUGGGGAUGGAGAAGGUCUUCUUGGUUCUUCAAAUGUGGACAAGAGAAUGAGUUCAGGUUCUGGUCCGAAAUAUGUGAAACGAAGGAAAGCUGCAUUAAAAGUACGCAAAACAUGGCGUCCUGGACGUGUUGGUAGACACUCUUACAAAAUUCCAUCUCGGCUGCCCCCAGAAGAGCAAAGCAGUUCUCAUAGCAGCCAUGAAAGCAGCAGCUCACCUACAUCUCCAGCUCAGCCUACAGAAUAUGAUGUGGGCAGAGACUCGCCAACUACACAUCCUGCAAAAUGGACAGUUCAGAAGGUGUUUGAUUUUAUCAAAUCAAUGACAGGUUGCACUGCAUAUGCUGAAGAAUUUCGCUCUCAAGAAAUUGAUGGUCAAGCAUUGCUUCUAUUGAAAGAAGACCAUUUAAUGACUGCUAUGAACAUGAAACUUGGACCUGCCCUCAAGAUUUGCGCUCAUAUCAACUCUUUAAAAGAUAAUUUUUGA